GCGCCAGGCACCGGAGAACCGACUCUUUUUGGGGAAUCGACUCCGGACUGUAAACAGUAAUGGCGCUCUUCGGGCUGAUCCAGGCUGCUGUUUUAUUCUCUAAUGCGAUGGCAGUGCUGCACGAAGAGCGGUUCCUCGCCCAGAUCGGCUGGGGCGUGGACCAGAGCAUCGGGGGGUUCGGAGAGGACCCUGGCAUCAAAGCCCAGCUGGUCAACCUGGUCCGCUCCGUCAGGACAGUCAUGAGGGUGCCCCUGAUCGCCGUCAACUCAGUCUGCGUGGUCCUGCUGCUGCUGUUCGGCUGAUGGAGCGGCGCGGGCUAAAGCGAUAGUCUGACGACGCGUCGUAGGAGCCCAGCUCCGCCCCAGAUAGUCAGCCAGGACAGGUUUGGUGCUUUCUUUAGUUUUAGUGCUAAUGAUGCUGAGAAGUAACGGAAGCGCACAUCCCACCAAUAUCCCACCCAUCACACUCGCCUCAAACACGCCAGCCAAGUCGGCCUCCUGUUCGUCCGCUGCCCAUUUGAACUUUACGCUCCACCUUAAAUGGUCCAGCAGUUGCGUUCUGGAGCCUGAGGCCGUUUAAGGUGGAACGGAGAGCUCAAAUAACAAACCAUGUUCAGGACUGUCUGACAGUACAUUAGCCCAGCAACUGGCUGGCUGUCUGUGGGGUAAGUGGUGGGCACCUGUAAAUUAGAAUCUCCUUGGCCAAACUAUCGCUUUAACUGCCAGGCUGAAGAACUGAGGAGCUCUGCUCACGUCCCUGUUUCAAAUCAGCAAAAACAGAGACGUUCUGACCGAGAUUCAUGAAUCCUUUGCUGAAUGUGUUGGUUUCUGGGUAUCUGGUGGCUGCAUGACCCGGUCGUCUGUUCUGCGGUAAACAGAUUAUCUGUAUUUUUGGGUGAUUUGUAAUGUGGUGUUGGCGCGAUCGCCGCAGCUCGCGUGCCUUCGGUUUAAUAAUUAGGACCAAAAUAACUUCAGUGUUUUAUCUGGAAUAAUUGAAAUGUCGCUUAUAACAAUGUGUGACUGGCAAAUUGUACGAAUUAUUAAAAGAUUUUCAUUCCUGUUCCUGUGAA